AAACUGAUAUAACAGCAAACACACCAGAUGAUCAGGUUCAUUAUCCAGCAAUGAUUCACUACUCCUAUUAUACGUACUGGGACACGAAAAAUCAAAACGUUCAUGUAAAUGAUGAUGAUCCUCAAUCAGUUAUUGAUCAUAGCGAGUUGACUGAUCUUUAUUUGGAAUUGCUCUCGUUGGUGCCAGUUUCGUCACCAAAAGAAUCCGAGAUUUCAUUUUUCGGAUCUUAUAAUCCACCAAGGAGAAGGCCGAUUCAAGAUAUUAAUCCGAGUUCUAUUGAACCUUGGGAAUCUUCAAGAGUCACUUUACUGGGUGAUUCCAUCCAUGCCAUGAAUCCUGUCGGGGGUUUAGGUAUAAGUAGUGCAUUACGAGAUGCUGAUUUACUUGUGAAAUGUCUUUCAAAUUAUGAAAAAGAUGGAGUUAGGCAAU